AUGCCUUUACAUCUUACAAUUAAGAGACCACUCGAGCAUAUAGAGUGGGGAUUAAAGUCGAAUUUAAGAAGAAAUAUGGCCAACUUUCUUUUGCGUCGUGCGUUAAUAGACGCAAUCCGAGUGCCUGUCGGUACCAGAGCAUCAAGUGAGUUAGCCAAGAUUGGCAACCGUGAAUGGGUCGGUUAUGGCUUCAACGGUCAACCCAAUUACGCUGACAGGCCUGACUUCCCCUUGCCGGCUGUCAGGUUCCGCCCAGACACACCUGAUAUCAAGGUCCUCCGCGAGAAAGAGAAGGGCGACUGGCGCAAGCUCACCCUGGAGGAGAAGAAGGCGCUGUACCGCGCCUCCUUCUGCCAGACCUUCGCCGAGUUCCAGGCGCCCACGGGCGAGUGGAAGGGAGUGCUCGGCUGGUCGCUCGCCAUCGCCUCGCUCUCCCUGUGGAUCUUCAUGGGGAUGAAGUUGUUCGUGUACAGUCCGCUGCCAGAGUCUUUCGACGAGGACGCUCAAAAGGCGCAGCUGAAGAGGAUGCUGGACCUCAAGGUCAACCCAAUAGACGGUCUCGCGUCCAAGUGGGACUACGAGAACAACCGCUGGAAG